AUGGAAGCCGGCGUGGCAACAUACGUCGAAAAGUCCGACAUGGACCCCGAGCACCAUGAGAAAGUGACCACCGUCACCGAGGCGUCUCUCCACAAAGGAAUCGGCAUCGAGGCUGCCGAUGUCCGCGUGGCGAGCCCGAAGAGCAAGGAGGAGCGCGCCCUGGUGCGCAAGAUGGAUACUCUAAUCCUGCCGUUGCUCUCGGGGGCCAUAUUCUUCGCCUAUCUGGACCGUGGAAAUAUCGGCAAUGCGCGGAUUAUGGGUCUGCAAACGGACAUUGGCAUCGACAACAGCCAGUUCUACAAUUGCCUCAUGAUGUUUUUCCUCGGGUAUAUGCUGGUCGAGCUGUUUGCAGGGAUCCUACUUCGAAAGCUCCCGGCCAACUUCGUCAUCGGAGGCGCUGUCCUGGCCUUUGGGGUUCUGGCUGCUGCCUUUACUGCUGUGAAGAGCUACGGCGCCUUGAUGGUCCUGCGACUCCUGCUCGGUCUAGCAGAGGGCACCAGCUACAAUGCAUACCUCUAUACUAGCUUAUGGUACAAACCACACGAAUUAUCCCGAAGAACUGCUGCCGUAUAUGGAAUGAGUCCUAUCGCAGGAGCUUUCAGCGGUCUCAUCUCUUAUGGCGUUGAGAAGAACUUGGAUGGCGCCAGGGGCUACCACGCAUGGCAGUGGCUGUUUAUCAUUGAAGGAGUUCUGACUAUUACAUUCUCGCUCUUCAUUAUUGCUCUUCUACCUGGUUUGCCCGACGUGGUUGUUAAAAAGGGGCAUUUCAUGUUUCCCCAUGAAGGCGAGCGCAGCAUCGUUGCACAGCGAAUGCGUGAGGGACAAGUGAGUGACCAGUCAGGCGUCCGCUAUCACCAGAUCUUGAUAGCACUCAAAGACCCCAAGCUGUAUCUCUGCGCCCUCAUGAUCGCCGGCUUCGGCCCCGUCAUUCAGGGAUUCUCGGUGUUGCUCCCCACCUUCAUCAAGGAAUUCAACUUCUCACCGCUGCAAACGCAGCUCUUCUCCAUGGUACCGUACGCUUUCGGUUUCGCCGCGCUUGUGGGCAUGAGUUUCCUGUCCGACUACCUCAACCACAGAGCCUUCCUGAUCUUUGGCUGUUUCGCCACGUCCCUGGUGGGGUUCGUGAUCCUGCUUGUCACGACCAACAAAGUUGCCCUAAUGGCCGGGCUAUGUUUUGUGCUGACGGGCACCUACCCCGGCACAGUGUUGUGCGUGGUGUGGAUCAACACGAUGCACGGCGGGUUCACGAAGCGGGCCACAGCCAUUUGGAUCAGCCAGAUCUUCAUCCAGAGCUACGCCAUCAUCGCCACUCAGGUGUACGACACUCCUCCACGGUAUUUCAAGGGUCACGGAAUCACUAUGGGACUUUGCGUGGUCGCCAUGGCUGCCGUUGUUGCCAUGUAUUUCAUCAUGAAACGAGCGAACGCACAGCGUGAUGCACAAGCUCGGGAGCUUGAAGCAAACGGAGAGAUCGAUCCUCGAAUGGAACAGGAUUUCGAAGACUUGUGCGACUUCCACCCGGCCUGGCGCUAUGCACUUUGA